CGGUUUUCGUGGUAGAAAACUCGACUGAAAUAGAACCAGAAAAACAAAAAGAGCUUAACCCACUUGAUAACUAUUCGCGAAAUCAUGCAACUGUAAAGCACAAGGAACAAAUAGCCAGUGUCAAACCAACUAUAAGAACAAAACCAUUAUCUAGUGAUGCGCCCCAAAAUCCACCGUUUCCUGCUGUCGAAUCUCAUUUCAUUGAUAAAUUAAGAAUGCCAAGUGACGAAUCUAAGCAGUCUUGCACUCAAACAUUUUUACAAGAUUUUGAUUCUUUAACCUCGUCAAAAUCAAAAAUGGAUCACUAUUGCAAAUUCGACUAUGCAUCUAUGGUGGAUUACUGGAAUUGUUCCAAAGAAGUUUUUAACAUGUCAAAUUACGGAAAAACGUGGCACUUGGGGCCAAAACAAUCUAAAUAUGAUGAACGUGUUGUAUUUUGCUCAAGAAAUAGUUACAUUGAUGACAACAUAUAUGACUCUGAAAAAAUAGAAACAGCUGAAAAGGCUACUUUAACCGAACCUGAGGAAGAGUUGUGGAGGGAAAAGGCUCUUGCUCCUUUUAUUGACGAGAGCAUAUGGUCAUUGUAUUCCUCAGAAAGUGAUAUUCAAGUUAAGCAUUUUCCGUUUGAGCCCCUAUUGAGUGAACCAUCCUUAGAAAAACUCAUAACAAAUUGCAGCCCUUGCAUCAUAGUUACAAAAGACAUCAACAGCGAUGAUUCUGAAGCAUCUAAUUCGCCCGAAGUGAAUAAAUUUUAUGAACCAAAGCUUGAUAACACUUUUAACCAAAAACAAGAGCCAUUUAAACCUGGCCUAGAACGUGUUGCUUCAGAUACAGUUUUGUACUUGAAAGACGCCAUUUGUGAAUUAGAAAACGAAAUGCAUCGAGGCUUAAAAUCAUCAAAGAACAUCUCAACUCUUCAUAAUUCGGGUUCUGAAUCUGAAACGUCACCUGUUAGUGGCUGCCGUUUGAAACGGGAUUUCAUCAUGAAUUUGGAGUCAACAAUGAGAGACCAAGACCACCUUGCUUGGCCUUCUCCGAGUCGCAGCUCCUCCACUAGUUCCUUGCAAUCUUCUACGUCAUGUCACGUGAUUAGUGACGAAACGGAUGACGUUGAUAUGAUGCGAACCAGUCGCAAAGGAUCUCAGGACCCAGACUUGAGCAGUGCAAGUGAUGCAGAAUAUGAAAACCUUGAACAUAAAGAUUUUGUAGAACGAUGGUUACAAAAAGAAGUGGCACACAAUGCACCAAAAUCGUUGGUACCUCAACUGGAGCCUGUUGAAGAAGCUGUUGAAACUACUCCACCGUUGCUAAGAAGAAAAGCCUCUCUGCCAAGUAAAACUGUCGAAAAUACUGUUCGCCCAAGAAAUAGAUUCAUGUCCUAUCCAACUGGCGCCAGCUCACAAAAAAUCAAUUUCACAACAGUCACACACCCUCCCAAGAAUCCUCAAAUUCCAGCCUCGAAGUCCGCACCAGUUUCAUCCGAAAGCAAUGUCGAUGGUUAUUCGAAUGAGACGGAUUUUGCUGAUGAUACAGAAUUCCAAGGUGUUGAUUCUGAAGCUAAGGAAUUCAAUGGUGACUUUUAUAAGCUCUGUAGUGUAGGUUCAAUGAAGAGUCUUGAUCGCUGCUCUCCAGCGAGAAAAACGGAAGCACAAUUUAAAUAUCCCAACGAUCCUUUGGCUUGCACAAAGAAACCUUCUUCAAUGAGCACGACGAAACUUGUGUCGUCCAAACCUGAAAAAUCAAAACCAACUGGUCUCGUCAAACCUACCAGACCAGUUACACUUACUAUUUCCUCGGUUCCUACUGUUCCUGGACAUUCUAAACCGAAAUCGUCGGCGGGCGUUCGUCGGCCGACUGACUUUCGAGUAUCUGCCAAUCAAAACCUUCCAUCAAAAUCCAAUCCUGACGUUCUGUACAAAGUUAACUGUGAUUUCACAAAGUCGGAAUCAAGAGCCAAAGCAAAUCACAGCUUUCAAGUUCCUCAAAAACAUAUUCUCGUCGUGACGCCUCAGUGCGAUACCCAAACGAACAUUACCACCGAGAAUCGAGCUCAUGUUGACAAGACAUCACCGUUCAGUCGUCUUCCAGCUUUAGACUUACACUCUAAAGAACAUUUGAAAUCCGCCAAAGUGAAGAGUCCAACGAGAAUGGUGUUCAAAAGCAGCUCGAGCCCCAUGGUGUCUCCAUCCAAAUCCGAAGCGUGGUUAAAGAGGCAACAGUGGAAGCGGGAGCAACGAGUCGUGGCACGACAGAACAGACUGAAAGAAGGGUGCGGAACGGCUUGGGUACAUCUACAAGCCAAACCCGAACUCAGUGAUCCCACGGCGAGAAGUCAUCUGUUGGAUUCUUUGAAAGCUCCGACUAGUAGCAGUGGAAGUAGUAGUACCGAAGAGGAAGAAGAGGAUGUUUUUAUCAUUCAGACGAAUUCCCACCUUCAUAAGAUCUGCCGAGAAAGACGUCAUAAAGUAAAAGCCUCGGCAAACAACCCACUAUUCGACAUGAAGAAACGAACCUCCAUCAUGGGCCGGCGAGAGUUGUUCUACAGGUUCGGAGACAAGGAAAGAGAAGCCAUCGCCUGUUUCGACUUCCUGGAAGAAAUCCCCUCCGCAUCUCAGGAAACCCUGACUGCUCCUCCAGAAGAUCCUCAUCCGCUGCAGCGAUUGGCGACCCCUCCAUCCGAUCUCGGCAGCGAAUCCUUCUCCAACAAGGAACGAAUCUCGUUCCUGUCCCCCACCGUGGAAAUCGCUUCCAGAUCCCACGGAGAUCACCCCACGUCAAAGACAAUCGACUGGUCCAGAUCCCCCUUCUCCAGCUUCCGGAGGCUGAGGCUCCCCAACCUGUGGAACCAGCCCCUCAGCCACAACAUGUCUUCUUCGACCCUGUCUCAGGACUGUGAGAUCUUGGAUCACAUCUCCCUCAGUGAUUCCUGUGCGGAGAGCUAUUCCUCCUCCACGCCAGAGAGCUACGAAGACGCCAGCUGAAAACGUGCUUCAUUUUAAUAUUUUUGUACAUUUUAUCGAGUGUCCCGUAUGAAUACUGGCAGCAAUAUGAUUUGUUUGUAAAUUUGGUUGAUUUUUUAGUGUAGAAAUAUUUUUUAUUGGAUAUUUAAUCAUGAUUUCACUAAAC